AGACGAGCAAAGCAAAAGCGACGAAAGCCUUUCCUGGGCUCGUCCUCGUUCCUCUCCGUCGCCUGCGUCGUCUCUUCUUCCUCCUCCUCUUCCUCUUCCUCGCUCUGCAAACCCCCCAGAAGACCUCCUGCUCAGCAGCCGACCUGAGUGACGCUGACGCUGAAGCCGGUCGUGGACGGUCCCUCGUCUCGCCUGCUCUCGCUCCUCCUCCUCCUCCUCCUCAUCUUCUCCCUCUCUCGCUGGCCUCGCUGGCCUUGCUCUUUGUCUGCUUGGCUGCGUCUUGCUCCCUGACCGACCUCCCCUCGUCCGCUGCUGGCUGCUCCCCCAGCGCUCAGCACAGAGUACAGGGCACUGCGAAGCCGUAGUCCUCAGUCUCUGCCCUCUGGGACGAGCCUGCAGUCGCUGCCAUCGCCGGUUCCUGGCUCUCGAGGUGGUUGACUCGAUUUCUUCUUCCUUUGAACGCCUCGCCCUUUGUGCCCCCUAAUAAACCAACGCCCGGACUGUUUCGACCUCACCAUCUCGUUCUGCUCCUAGAUAGCGACACAUAUACCCGGUAGACUGCUCUUUAAAGAAGAAAGAAAAGAAAGAAAAAGAAUAUACAGUGAUAGACUCGUCGGUUUUACUGCGUUGCCUGCCAUGUCGUCGAGUUCGUCAAACGUUGUCGGUGUGCAUUACCGGGUCGGGAAGAAGAUCGGUGAAGGCUCCUUUGGCGUCAUCUUCGAAGGCACAAACCUCCUCAACAACCAGCAGGUCGCCAUCAAGUUUGAACCCCGGAAGAGUGAUGCUCCACAGCUUAGAGAUGAGUAUCGGACAUACAAGAUACUCGUUGGAUGCCGUAAGUCGUUGUCGCUUCUUUUAUUGUCGUUUGCAAAUUCGACAUAGUCUUUCUUGCUGACAGCCUUGUGUGUAGCCGGUAUCCCCAAUGUCUACUACUUUGGCCAGGAAGGUCUACACAACAUCCUUGUCAUUGACCUGCUUGGACCCAGUUUGGAGGACCUCUUCGACCACUGUAACCGCAGAUUCUCCAUAAAGACAGUCGUCAUGGUUGCAAAGCAGAUGCUGUCGCGAGUACAAACUAUACAUGAGAAAAACCUCAUCUACCGUGAUAUCAAACCAGACAACUUUCUAAUUGGCCGGCCCAACUCGAAGGCCAGCAAUGUCAUACAUGUCGUUGACUUCGGCAUGGCUAAACAGUACCGAGACCCCAAAACCAAACAGCACAUCCCUUACCGAGAGAGAAAGUCCCUAUCAGGUACUGCUCGGUACAUGAGUAUCAACACCCACUUGGGCAGAGAGCAGUCACGUCGUGACGAUCUUGAAGCCCUCGGCCACGUGUUCAUGUAUUUCCUACGUGGUGGUCUACCAUGGCAGGGACUCAAGGCUGCUACUAACAAGCAGAAGUACGAAAAGAUCGGAGAGAAGAAACAGACUACCGUCAUCAAGGAUCUUUGUGAAGGCUUCCCUGAGGAGUUCACCAAAUACCUCACGUACGUCCGCAACCUCGGGUUCGAGGACACACCCGACUACGAUUAUCUGCGUGACCUUUUCACCCAGGCUCUCAAGAACACGGGAGAUGUAGAGGAUGGAGAGUACGACUGGAUGAAGCUUAAUGGAGGCAAGGGUUGGGAGGCGGCAAAGCCAUACUCAUCUCACCACCACCUGCACGGCGCCAAUGCUCUGCCUAACAGCUCUGCCCGUGACCUCCAUGGUUCUGCAGCCCCCCGAGCAUCCCAUCGGCCUGGUGUCACUGCUGACCGUUUAAACGCCGCGCAGCCCCCGCCCCCUUCUCCUGCAAAAGCCGGAGUUGGGAAAGCGCGAGAGCGGCCAAACGCCUCAGGCGUGCCGCAAGUCAAACGUCAAAACGGAGUGGCGGGGGGACUCGAGGCUACGACACCUACAGCUUCGACACAAGCUCAAUUCCAAAACUCUAAUUUACAUCUUCCCGGAAAUCGAGUCAACACCCCAGGGAACCAGGCCAUGACGAGUCAGGCACAACAACCGCGAAGGGCUCCAGAACCAGAGCCUACGUUCAUGCAGAAGAUAAUGAAGGCGUUGUGUUGUGGUUGAUCGCGGGGAUGCAUCCUUCCUCAUGCACCACUCAGCACCUCUACAUUUCCUUCAACCUCUCCGAUGUCUUUUUUUUUUUCUUGGACCGAUGCGAACGACCUGGUCUUUACUUCUCUCUGCCAUUCUCAGUCCAGGGAAAGUUCUCGUUACAACUAACCAUUGGUAUCUCGGGCCUUCUUCUCCACUCCAAACCGUUUUAUAUCGGGUCCAGUUGAUUCUUUUGCUGCUGCGAUGCUCGCCUUCCGAUCGUUACUUGUUCCUGCCAUGGCGCCUGCGCUCUUUUAGGACUCGACAACUAUUUCUACUUUCAUAUGCCGUCCCUCCGUGUCUCGCCUGGCUCUCUGUCUCACCUACAUAUGCUCCUGUUGAACCACUGUUUUGAACACUUUAGACCCACAGGACCUUCUCUCUCGUUCUGCCAUACCCCCAUAUACCCAGGCUUUACUUCACAGCUAUCUUACAGGAACAAAUCAAAGCAAGACAAAAAUCUACUCUCCCGUUAAACAGCUGGUUUAGAACGGACUAUUUUUAAACUCAGCCGAAGAUAUCAAGAGUUCCAGAGGGAAAGAUCACUAAAAAAAAAAAAAAAAGGACAAUUUUUCCUAUCGUUAUAUAUAUAUAUAUAUAUAUUUUUUUUUUUCAUGGGUCACGACAUACAUUUGAGAAUCUUUUUAAUCUAAUGGCAAAGAUUAAAAAAGUGCUUGUUUCCUUCAUAUUUUCUUUGUUCUCUGCUUCCAUCUCCAUCGGUUAUUCAGGUAUCCAUAUCACCCUUGACCCGCUUCCCUCGUCUUGGCUGUGAUCACAUAUACCUGCUCAGCUAUGCUCCCGAUGCUCUCCCUCUGUCUAGUCUGUUCACCAUCUUCUAUAUUAGCUCAUUUUCCCCUUUUCUCUCUCUC